AUGCAAAUCACGACACACAGUGGCAUGUCGUCGAUGUUGCCUGUCGGAAGUGAUGCAAAUCGGCUAGUGAUGAUUCCCCAUCACCAACCACACAUCAAACAAGUAGGUAACAAUCUCACCUUAACUUGCAUCUACCGGUUCAACAGCGACGAAGAGAAAAUGUCAGCCAACAUUACGUGGAUCCUGCCCCAAUAUCAAACGAGAACGAAAAAACGUUUAGGUUACAAAGUUGAGAGGAAUACAACUCACUUGACAUCGACGAUGACAAUGAAAUGGAUCUUCGUAUCCGGCACGGGGAAUUAUCGAUGCGUUGUACGUCCCGGAAUCCAAAUCGCUCACUACGUUUACGUUUACAGAGACCGGGACCAAGUUUUCAUACCGGGGAUAGACAUUAAUCGCAAGUUUGGUCGUCACGCUUUUAAGACAUAUAUGAAGUUUGCGGGUGAACCUCUUGAAAUCCCGUGCAAACCAACCCACCCAAAUGUCACUAUUUCACUGUACCGCGAAACGCUAAUGCCAAACGAUGAACUGAAAUGGAAGUUGAUGGAACUGUCUAGUGGUUAUGGAAAUGCCAGUUGGUUGCUGAACCCUUUGCCUGAACCAGGAUUCAGGUUAACGAAUACGACACUAAGCGACAGAGGAACAUACAAGUGUGUAGGCACCAUGAACAAACCGAAGGAAACUGCUCUACGUACCGAAUUCAAAACCAACAAUUUCGACGGACCUACGCCAAGUGCUCUACAGACCGAAAUCGCUUUCAAGAUUUUCAUCAACGGAAUGGAACUCGAUAGGGUUGGGGAACCAAUCGAAGGUAACAACGUGACUCUCAUCUGCAAAACCAUCUGCCGAAAUGAGUACACGCUUAAAAUUUGGAAAUUCGAUUGGCUUUACUUCAACAAUGAAACUGGCCAAGAACAAUUGAUCAAUCAAACUAACCUUCCAAAAGGAUUUCAGGUGGAAAAUUCAAGGUUCCGUAUGAUAUCAGGCAACUUUCUCGAUGGAAGAUUCCCGUACGGUUUGUACGAAAGUCGCUUGCAUCUGCUAAGAAUUGGCCUCAAUACCCACACGCACUUUCAAUGCAGAGCCAAUACCAGUGAACGAAUCAUUUCUCAAUCCAUUUCUUUUACAGUUCAAGAAAACAAAUACCCGGUGAAUGUAACAUUGGGAAGAGGAAUAGCUCAAAAUUUGACUUGCAAUCGAUUCAUUGAUGACAUCCACAUCAAAUGGUUCAAGGAUGACAAGGAAUAUUUGGGAUUAAUCUAUACGAACGAUACUUCAUCAAUUUUACCACUAAACGGAAGUGAUGGACAAAAAGGACGUUAUUCUUGUCGCUGGAACAAUAGCCGAGGGGAAGAGAGAUUUCGAAAUUUCUAUUUUCCUGACGAACCAGAAUCUAAGGGUAUUGUCAUUGCUGUCUGCGUAUCUGUCGUGACGUUACUUAUAACUGGAAUAGCAAUCAAACAAUACGUGGACAUGAGAAAUCUGGAAAAAGAAAUUCAGGAAAGAUUAGAUGGAAAUCCUGAUAGCAUCGAUCCAAAUUUGCCAAUCGACUAUCAAACAGAAUAUCUACCUUACGACAAAAGCUGUGAAUUUCCAAAAAAUCGCCUCAGACCCGGAAAACAACUGGGAAAAGGAUGUUUCGGAGAAGUUUACAAGGCCGAAGCUGUUGGACUCAAAGGAUCGGAUGAAAAUGUGACAACCGUGGCCGUCAAAAAGGUCCUAUCGACAUCGCAAUUUCAAAUGAAAUCAAAGACGGCCGCCUUAGACGCUCUCAUUGGAGAAUUGAAAAUUCUAAAUUUUUUAGGAUCGCAUUUAAAUGUCGUCAACUUAUUGGGAGCCUGCACCAAAGACAUCAUCAAAGGUGAACUCUUGUUAAUUAUCGAUUAUUGCCCCUUUGGCAAUUUGCAAUCGUAUUUGAUUAAACAACGCAAUACAUUUGUCACCCAAUUGGACGAGUUUGGUGACCUUACACUGUCAAAUGAGGAAGCCAUUUGGAAAUCUGAAAAUUCAGACGCUAUUACCAAUGGACCCAUUUCCACUUGGAAUUUAAUUAGCUUUUCUUUACAAGUCGCCAAAGGGAUGGAAUUCAUUGCGAGCAAAAAGGUACUCCAUGGCGAUUUAGCGGCUCGCAAUAUCCUUUUAGCCGAUCAUGGAAUUGUCAAAAUUGCAGAUUUUGGAAUGGCCAGACAAAUGAAAAACUACGUUUACGAAAUGAAAGGACAGGGAUUACUACCAAUUAAAUGGAUGGCUAUUGAAUCGCUGACGGAUCAAAUAUUUUCCAGUCAAUCCGAUGUCUGGUCUUACGGCAUUGUUCUAUGGGAACUCUUUGCCCUGGGAAAAAUGCCCUACCCAGGUAUGAACGGCCCUGUCCUCGUGAAAAAUAUUCAAGAAGGACGACGAAUGGAGAAACCAGACUAUGCGCCAAAUUUCUUUGGCGAAAUCAUGAAAAGUUGUUGGAACAAAGAACCAAACGACCGACCAACGUUUCAUCAGCUGGCAAACACGAUCGAGAAUUACAUGGAACCAUUCGUUAGCUCUGGCUACUUGGAUGCAACAUUCAUGGAAAACAAUACCGCUAAGAGUUUGGUGACUCUUCCCGCGGAAUGAUUUGCAAUGAAAUUUAAAGGACACGAAACCAUUUCUAUGUAGCCCAGCCCCUUCUUUAGAGAAGAACGUUUAACGAUGGUUGGCGAGAAAGAAACAAAAGA